AUGGCCCCUACGACAAAGCCAGAAGGCCAGCUGAAUAUCAAUUUAUCCGGAUUGAACACCAUUAGCGAGCCUCCUACGGUGCCUACGACGAAAUCUCCUUUUGGUGGACCAAAGUCCUCCGGGUUGACAGGUUUGUCUGGUUCAAGAGCAGGAGCAGGCUCUCCUCUUCACGAACAGACUUCGCGACUGUUUCCCAAACGCACUCGAGAACUACAAUCUCAGACCACUGGUCUGUCUUCAAACAUUUGGGGCCCUCCUACAAGCGGAACUUCCACCCCGCUUUUCGAGAUUCCAGAGUCCCCCAGUCAAGACGGUUUUCCCGACCUGGUGCCCCUGACGGAAACCGGUAUAAACAGCCCAGCCAGAAGAGGUCGUGCAGGAACGCUUCCGUCGAGAAUCUCGCCCGUUGGCACCAUUAAUGGAGUCAAUGUAUUGACCUCGAAAACUUCGCGGCCCACACCCUCUACCAGCCCCUUCCGACCAGGCUCGACAUCGGCCGCGGAGACGGCUUUCUACUCGAAUGCAUCAAGCUCAGCCAACUCAGCCAAUUCUGCCCUGCUCUCCCGACUACGGGCAGGUAGCAUGCCUCAGCGGGCGAGCUUGUUAGGACAGUCCAGCUCCUUCGGCCAGGCUGCUUUCAACUCCGGAUGGGGCACCAGGACUCGUGCUGCUACUUUGACCAGUAUCAGUUCCGCCGAAGACCCGACUUCACCUCAACAGUCUGGCCUGAACAUGUCCGACUCGGGAGUCCGCACUCUUGACUACCUGGGUCUAGCAGAGCCCCCACCACAAUCGAGAUUGUCGGACGCAAUGCGGCACGACGGGAAUGACCCUUCUCGGACGCAGGAUUCUGGAUUGUCUGACGUCCUGGCCAGUUUUGGUAUGCGCAAUUCAGGUCGCUUCCGAUCAUUUUCGGUCAACACGCAACCAAAGUACGGCAACGAAGGCCAAGAUGAUGACCAUGCCCACACCCAAUACCCGAGUGGGACCUUGACACCAUCUGCGGCGGCUGCUCUGGAAGCUGAAUACGAACGUGUCCAGGAAAAGGUCCGUCUUCACAACCAAGCUGUUCAGGCCUUUGCUGUGAAUGCUAGUGCUGCACGUCCGCGCGCCCGCACUGCUGGCCUGGUGGAAACCCCACAGCGUACGUCGCUCCGCCAUUUGGUGCGUCCCGAUGACACCGACGCCACGAACAUGGGCUUCGAUAUGCAGAGUUCCAGCGGCAUGGAAGAAGCUGCCCUUUCCGACGCUUUGCAGGGCUUAAACAUUAUCGAGCAUGGGCAGCUCCCGUAUGAGACCAUGGAGGAUCCAGAAGUCCAGCCGUCGCGGUCUUUAUGGAUCGGUUCCAUCCCCAACUCCACCACCAUGUCGUCCUUGGACGCCAUCUUCAGCCGUUUUGGGCCGAUCGAGUCGACGAGAGUGCUCACCCACAAAAACUGCGGGUUCGUGAACUUUGAGUCCGUAGAGCCUGCUAUCCGUGCCCGCCACCUUCUCAACGGCCAGGAAAUCUUCCCUGGAGCAGGCCCUGUUAGGAUCGGGUUUGCCAAAGCUCCAAACGCAUCUGUAUCUUUGACUCCAAACCAAAACAGCACUCCCCCACCGGGCUCACAGGCGGUUACAGGAUCGCUCGAGACUUCGCGUGGUAAAGACGGGAAUGUGGGCACAACGGGUGCAACCAAUGCCGAACAAACCCUUUCUCAGCCUACUGGUGACCGUUUGGCCGAGCUGCAGCCGGAGAUUUUGCAAAUUGUCCUGGAUUUUGGUGGCCAGCAAUCAGACCUACCUUCAGUAUCUGCGAACCUUGAGAGUGCCAUACGGUAUCAGAAAUUGGAAAGGGAGAUUCCACCCAUUCCAGAACCGAGUGCGGCGAGAAUGUAUGAUGCUCCUAGGUUACGAGACUUCCGCAAACGGAUUGACAACGGUGCCUGUGGACUUCAAGAAGUUGAGCAGAUCGCCAUCGACAUGCUUCCUGAAAUUGCAGAGCUUUCUUCUGACUACCUAGGGAACACCGUAGUCCAGAAGCUUUUUGAAUACUGCUCGGAGCAAACCAAGGAGCAGAUGCUGACACGCAUUGCUCCACAUUUGGCGGAGAUUGGAGUGCACAAAAAUGGAACAUGGGCAGCGCAAAAGAUCAUCGACGUGUGCAAGACUGAAAGUCAGACUCGCAUGAUUGUCGAUGCGCUUCGUCCAUACACUGUUGCCCUUUUCCUGGAUCAAUAUGGAAAUUACGUCCUGCAGUGCUGCCUUCGCUUUGGCUCGCCCUACAACGACUUCAUUUUCGAAACCAUGCUCAGCCAGCUUUGGGAGAUUGCGCAAGGCCGAUUUGGGGCUAGAGCCAUGCGUGCUUGCCUGGAGUCGCAUCAUUCUACUAAGAACCAGCAACGCAUGAUGGCCGCAGCAAUCGCAUUGCAUAGCGUCCAGCUAGCACAAAAUGCCAACGGAGCACUGUUGUUGACGUGGCUGCUCGAUACAUGUACCUUCCCUCGCCGACGAUCCGUCCUUGCCCCUAGGCUGAUCCCUCACCUCGUUCCACUCUGCACUCACAAGGUUGCAUAUUUGACCGUGCUGAAGGUGAUCAAUCAACGGAACGAGCCGGAAGCGAGAGAUAUGGUGCUUAAAGCUCUCUUCUUCAGCCCCAACGACGCCGUUCUCGAACAGAUUCUGUGCGAUCAGACGUCAGGAGUGACGCUAAUCUUCAAGAUUUUGACCACGCCAUUCCUCGACGAUAAUAUGCGUCCGGAGGUCGUGCAGAAUGUUGCCCGGGUGCUUACCAAGAUUAAGGCCCAGCCCAACCAAGGUUACAAGAGAAUCAUGGACGAGGUCGGUAUGUCCAUGCGACCUAACCAGGUGCCGGCCCCGCAAUAUCCUGCUCACGCGCACCCGUCCACGAAUGAUCGAGGUCGCCCGCCGACACAUGCGCAGCAAGCCUCUGGAAGCGGACUGCCGCCCCCGAAUUUCCCACGUCAAUCCAACGGCGGUUUCGGACCUGGCGCCAAUGCUAAUGCCUUUGAGAACGGGAUGAGCCCCGUCAGGACGGGAUCGGCUGAAUCGUUCGGUCUUGCACCAUACGGCGUGAACGGUUUCCAAGGACAACAACCAUACUCUCAACUCCCAUACCAGCAGGUGACUCCGCAGACUCAAUAUCAAAACUUCCCCAACCAGGGGCCACGGUCGAGCACUGGCUAUAUGUCCAGCGGUUAUACGGGCUUCGCGACGCCCCCCUCUGUCGAUCCUUUCCGCACUCUGCAGAAUCCCUCAUCAUCGCCUUUGUCUUUCUCUGCCCAUAUGAGUCCUGUUAUUGGUUCGGCAGGAUUCCCGGGGCAGAACUACCUUCCGACAGGGCCCAAUAACGUGUAUAACUAUCCCCAGCAACAGCAGUUCUUCUAUUCGCCUCCGGUGCAGACUGGCUAUUCAGGGGGACGCGGGCGCAGGGUGAGUCAAGACUCGGAAGCCUACUGCGUGCGCCGACUAACUUUGAUCAGCAGAGAUAGAUGUUAUCGGCACCGAACAUACCUUUGA